AUGCGCUUGCACGAGAUCGUUGUGUUGGUCUUGGCCCUCUGUUUGGUUAAGUACACCAAAGCUGAAAGUGAGACGGAUGCGGAAACCUUGAGAGGUGAAGAAACAUUAGCGAGGGACGCGAAUCUCGACAGCACCGCCUAUCUGAAGGAAGACCCGGAAAAAGCCGCCGAAGAAGACCCAAAGAUACCAACAAAGCAAGACGCCGAGGAAGAUAUCGGAAAACGCCGGGUGAUUCCGCGGGUCUUUAUCACUAUGAGCGUUCCUACAAACCACAUCUUCAAAAUAUUUCACAUUAAAUUCUGUUUCCGACGCAGCUGCUAUGGUAAGCGUAUAUUAGUCAUAAGAUAUCCUUCAUUGGUCCUCUUUUGCAAGAAUCUUAUGACCAAAAGUUUUUGUGUUAAUUGUUCAAUGUAUCCUCCCUCGAAUUUUAAUUAGUGGCUGCACAUUCCUGUGAAUGCGGUUAAUUUUGUUUAUUUUCCGUCCGUCUGUUUUGGAGCAGAAUGAUAUCUUUCUUUGGUAAUUCUUUUAUAAAUUUACUAAAAAUUGAUUGAUUGAUUGAUUGAUUGAUUGAUUGACUAAAAGAUUGAUUGCUUGAUUACUGAAACGGAAAACCGACUGAUUAAGUCGAUAACCAAACCAUACACGUAGUACCUUAUGUUUUAAUCUAAGAAUUAAAGUUUUAAAAGAUAGAAUAGUUCUCAAAUCCUCUGUAGAACUAUGAUUUGAAAUAAUUAUUUCCCUCUGAAUUUCUUUCUUUUCAGUGCCAGGCCAGCGUCAAAGGUUCCUUUCAUGGCGAGUUCUGUACCAUUCAGGAUACGUGGUGAUCAAGAAUUAUCUUUACUAUUUCUGGAACUGCACUCCAAAGAAAUGGAUUGGAAAAUAA